AUGUGGUUCAACGGUGUGGCCUAUUUGGAACAGAAAGAGCCUGAUGGAUCAUUUGUCGCCGCCGCAAAGAACAAGUCUUUUGGUAUCCUCGGUGCUGGCAUGUCUGGACUAAUGUCUUCUUUGCUGCUGGACUCUGUCGGUAUCCACAACUGGAAGAUCUUGGAGUCGUCUGAUCGUCUUGGCGGCCGCUUCAGGACUGUCUAUCUCAACGGCACCUCCCCUGAGGAAGGCCAGUAUCACGAGCUUGGGCCUAUGCGUUUUCCGGUCGAGAUCACAGACUCUGAGACCAAUGAGACGUUUCCAUUUAAUGAUCAACGCAUCAUUUUCCAGCUGGCUGAUGUACUCAACGAGCUCAACAGCGGGAAUGAGUCGGUGCAAGUCAAAUUUUGGGAUUGGAUUCAGAGCUCUCCCAACACCCCUGUUGAUUCUCCAUUCCGACGGUCUGACGGUACCUUCCCCGGAAAGACAGAGGUAGCAACCGACCCGGCCUACUUCAACCCUACUGUCUAUCAUAACGCCACUGCUGCAGCAGAAGCCAUCAAUGCUCUGGACAGUUUUAAAGGCCUCGACGCGGAACGAAUUCGCUUGUUCGCCACCAACAUUUUUGCAGCCUACAAGCAAGCUAAGGAGGACGGCAUGUUCGACUACUCGGAAGUUUCCUACCUGCGAGAUGUCAUUAAAACCGACGUCAACACCACUGACGAGGUUGCACUAUCUCAUAUUUACUGGCCCAUGUGGGAAUACGAAACUGUCUACUUCCUGGCCAGCAGGUGGCUUACUGUUCAAGGCGGUCUCAGCAGGCUCCCAGCUGCCUUCGAGCCUCUGAUGAAGGGAAGAGUCCAGUACGGCGCCAAGGUAAACGGUUUACACUACAACGAAAACAACACUGUGUCUGUCUCUUGGAAACCUACCGGAGCUGAGCCCUUCGAGACUACUGACAGGGUUGAGAACUUCGACUACGUACUAAACAGUGUCCCGCUUAACUUGUUAAAGUUCUGGGAUCUGCCCCCAUACUCAAGCUUGUUGAAGCGAGCUGUUGAUCGAACGCUAUUCGCCAACGCUGUUAAGGUCGCUAUUCAGUUCAAGACUCGGUUCUGGGAACACCUUGAGCGGCCCAUUUUUGGCGGUUGCACCCGCAUCACCAAGCCGCAGCUCGGCCAGGUCUGCUACCCCUCGUGGGAUUUCAAUGCUACUGGACCAGGCACAAUGCUUGCAUCGUACCUCUCCGACUACGAGGCGACCGUUGCUUGUGCCAUGUCGGAACAGGAGCACCUUGCUUAUAUCAAACGGGCUCUUAUUCAAGUUCACGGCGAUGUUGUGGAAGAAAAUUGGACGGGCAUCUCCGCUCGGCACUGCUGGGAACAGGACGAACAUCAUGCUGGUGCCUUUACGAUGCAGAUAUUCUCACAGCAAGAUCUGUACCUUCCCGCUUUCUAUGAGACUCAAUUCAACACCAUCUUUAUCGGCGAGGCGGCUACCUUUACGCAUACGUGGACUUUUAGUGCUCUCGAGAGUGCUCUCAGGGGAACUGUUCAGCUGCUUCUAGAUAUGGGCCUAGUGGAUGAAGCCAAACAAAUCACCAACACCUGGAUGGCGCGUUUCAUUGACAUCUAG